AAUAAAUAAAAAUAAAAUAAGCAAAAUUUGAUUAUGUAAGCAUUUGAAUCAUAAUUUACAAUUUUUCCAAACAAUUUAAAUCUAUUAUAGUAUAUAUAAUAAAUACUUGUACAAAAUGAGUAAAUUAAACAAUAAAAAUUCAAAUCCAACGAUACCAGUUAUUCCAUGGGAUAAAAAUGAUUCAAUCAGAUAUUCAUCAAAUAAUUAUGCUGGACCUUUAUUAAAUAAUAUACAUUUUAGUGAGUCCAAUAUAAAAAAUAAUAUAACACAACUUACAAAUUUUAUAAAUACAUUGAUUCAGUAUAUUAAUAAUUUGUGUGAUAUAUUGAGAAAGGAAUUAGAUAAUUACAUAAAUAAUUUGAAAAUUGAUGAAAGCUCAGCAGAAUUGUAUAAAGACUUUAAACAUAUUAAUGGGGCUUAUAAAAAAUUGAUUAAAACUUUAGAAAAUUUUUCACUGGAUAUUACUAAAGAUUAUAAUAGAGUAUUACAAAUAGCUAUCGAACUAGAUUUAUUAAGACAGCAAUAUGUUGUUAUUAAGAAAGAAUAUAAUGAAUUUAAAGAGGAUCAACAGAUGAAUGAAAACAAUAACUAUGAGUUGGACUAUGAUCGCGGAAUAAAACGUGACCGUUAUCUAAAUACGUCAUUGAAUUUGAAUUCAAGAAUUAAGAAUUUAGUACAAAUACAUAAUAAAAAAUUUGCUGAUUAUAACGAAUUUAAUUUUAAAAUGAAUAUGUUGAUAGCUAAUAUAACUAAUGGAAGAAUUGUUUAUACCUCAAUGUUAAGUAAUAAAAACUAUACAAUAUUACUUAAGCAAUUUGUCGAUGAUUUUGGUAAAUUGGUUAAUUUGACAGAUACUACGUCGAAAAAACGUGGCCAGGUUAUUUCAAAGUUAGUUGUUGAUUACAUGAAAGAUUUAAAUACAUUGUCCAGUGAAUUUCACUUACAUCCAAUUAAAAAAUUAAACGAUAUAAGAUUUAAUUGAAUUUAUAAAAUAUUUAUAAUUUUUUUUGAAUAAACAAAUUUCGAUAAAUUUGGUUUGUUGAAUAU